AUGCAAAGAACUGUGCUGGCGUCAAGAAGAUUAGUUUCGAUUAGCUACAUUUUGAUAAAAUCUCCCCGUGUCCGUCCGCAUGCAGCCGUAGACGAUUGUGACGACGAGGACACGACAACGGGAAGCGGAUCGAGCGAUUCCGGAAGAUGGAACCCGCACUCGGAGGGCGGCGUAGCGCGAGGCACGACAGGGAAACCUCAUGUCACCGUGCUAGGUGGUCGGUCCAGGUCGACGAAACGUCGAUCGAGGGGCCGUCGCGACCCCGCAACCGCCGGCGGCAAAUCGGCUCCGGCGAGCUUCCGAUCGCCCGCAACGGCGACGGCGGACCAGUCGACGGGGUCCGCGACCGGCGCCGCGGCGUCGGACCCCGGCACGCGCACCGUCGCCAACGGCCUGAAAAUGGCGCAAAACCAGGCGAUCGCCGUGGCCGGCUUCCUCGCCGACGUCGAUUCGCGACAAUGGCGCGUCUGCGCUUCCUGCUUGUCACACCGAGCGUCUUAUCAUGGCAGAGUUUCCUGGGCUGCAGAGAGUAACGGAAGCGUCGGCGCAGAGCGCCUGUCCCACAGCAUGCCCGGCAGUCCCGCGGACCGGAAGCCGAAUUUCGAAGUCAUCGGUAGCGCGGAGAGCCUCGUCGGUCGGGUCUUGGUGGAGCAAGGUCUGGGCAAAUACUGCGAUGCGGACUUCGUGCGAUAUACGUCGCGCGAGAUGCAGGAGGCGUUGGACAUGACGCGCGAGGAGAUGGAUCGCGCCGCUCACCAGGUGCGGAGCAGCACCCGACUGCAACCGGUAUCGGUUACCAGCCGUUGCAGGAGCAGCCUCCUAGUAGCCAACCGGUCUACCACCAGCUGCAGUCCUCCGGCUACCGUCACCUCGGUAGCAAUCGGCAGCAACAGCAGCAGCGACAACCGCCGUCCUAGCAGGACGAGAAGCAGCUCGCCGCGGUGCGAUCAUCUCCUACGUAACCCGAAAACUCCUACUCCCCCCGCCGGGAGUAGUCACCGAAGGAUCGAGAUUGCUAGUUACAUGAAGUAA